AUGCCGUGGGCGCAGGUAGUCGUCCAGGAGGAGAUCGACGUGCGAAAGGGGCCAGCGGCCAAGGCUGAGGCCCCGGAGCCCAGCUCCACCGCGUCCACCGCCUCCCCGGCCCCCUCCGUGGAAGAAAUCCCGCCCGCCCCCGCACCAGUCGAAGCGCCCGCGGCGGAAGCUCGGCGCAAGGCAAUAAGCUCGCUUCUUUGGUUCUACUUUUUGGGGGCCCCGGCGCAGCCCGAGGUGGUGGAGGCCCCGGCGGAGGUGGCGAAGGCCCCGGAGCCCGAGGCCGCGGCUCCAGUGGAAGAGGCGAAGCCCGUGGUCCACGAGACGAGGCCUUUCUUUGUCCGGAAAUUCCACGCCUGCGAAAUGCGCGACGAGUCCGGCGCGAUCACGGACAUCGACAUGGCCAAGUUCUUCGAGGCCUGCGAGCUCUAUCGCGACAUGCUGUCCAAGCUUGGGUCAGCAGCCGGGGUGGUGCUGGGCGACAUCACGAGCAACCUCAAGAAAGCCAGGGUGGUCUAUGAGGAAGCCCCGGAAGAGCGAAAGACUUUCUCAGGCUACCUGAAGGCCUCCUCUGUUGUGGGCGCCACUUGGCUUCUGAGGGGAUGCGAGUUCUUCUUGACCAUGAUCAAGCUGAUGUUCACCCAGGAAUCUGGCAACGCGGGUGUUGAGGCAUACAAGCAGACACUGAUGCAGUACCACGGCUGGAUGCUGCAGAAGACGGUGAAGCUUGGAAUGCGCGCCAUGCCGGGGAAGGAUGGCAUCGUGAAGUCCGAGGGCCUGGUCCUAGUCGCCGCGUCGCCGGAGCAGAAGACAAAGCUCUGCGAGCGCGACGCGCCGGCGGCCUCCAACGCGGGCCUGGAGCUGGUGCAGUGGAUGGUGGAGCUGAUGAAGAAGGAGGGGAGGAAGGAUACUGGGAGUGUUUUUUGCUCCGGCCCUUCAGUGGUGGCCAACGGACCAUCCACGAAGAGUGGUGAUGGACCGCCCGUCGCCGUCCAGGAGGAGAUCGACGUGCGAAAGGGGCCAGCGGCCAAGGCUGAGGCCCCGGAGCCCAGCUCCACCGCGUCCACCGCCUCCCCGGCCCCCUCCGUGGAAGAAAUCCCGCCCGCCCCCGCACCAGUCGAAGCGCCCGCGGCGGUGGUGGAGGCCCCGGCGGAGGUGGCGAAGGCCCCGGAGCCCGAGGCCGCGGCUCCAGUGGAAGAGGCGAAGCCCGUGGUCCACGAGACAAGGUUCGGGAUCUUGCUGGAGAAAUUCCACGCCUGCGAAAUGCGCGACGAGUCCGGCGCGAUCACGGACAUCGACAUGGCCAAGUUCUUCGAGGCCUGCGAGCUCUAUCGCGACAUGCUGUCCAAGCUUGGGUCAGCAGCCGGGGUGGUGCUGGGCGACAUCACCAGCAACCUCAAGAAAGCCAGGGUGGUCUAUGAGGAAGCCCCGGAAGAGCGAAAGACUUUCUCAGGCUACCUGAAGGCCUCGUCUGUUGUGGGCUGCACUUGGCUUCUGAGGGGAUGCGAGUUCUUCUUGACCAUGAUCAAGCUGAUGUUCACCCAGGAAUCUGGCAAUGCGGGCGUCGAGGCAUACAAGCAGACACUGAUGCAGUACCACGGCUGGAUGCUGCAGAAGACGGUGAAGCUUGGAAUGCGCGCCAUGCCGGGGAAGGAUGGCAUCGUGAAGUCCGAGGGCCUGGUCCUAGUCGCCGCGUCGCCGGAGCAGAAGACAAAGCUCUGCGAGCGCGACGCGCCGGCGGCCUCCAACGCGGGCCUGGAGCUGAAUGUCGGCCAACAGCCGAGGGUGCAGUGGAUGGUGGAGCUGAUGAAGAAGGAGGGGAAGUGGGACGCUGGGGUGUUUUUUUGCUUCGGCCCUUCCGUGGUGGCCGUGGACCAUCCACGAAGAGUGGUUAUGGACCGCCCGAAUCACUGCAGCUCCCUCCUUCGCGUUUGGCUGCAAGACUUGCGCAGCUCCCCUGCCCUGUACGGCAUCUUUCCAGUCGCCGUCCAGGAGGAGAUCGACGUGAGAAAGGGGCCCGCAUCCCAGGCCGAGGCUCCUGAGCCCAGCUCCGCCGCGUCUACCGCCUCUCCGGCCUCUCCGGCCCCCGCUGUGGAAGAAGCCUCGCCCGGCCCCGCGCCGGUCGAAGCGCCCGCGGCGGUCCCGGCGCAGCCCGAGGCGGCGGCCCCGGCUGAGGCGGCGAAGGCCCCGGAGCCUGAGGCCGCGGCUCCAGUGGAAGAGGCGAAGCCCGUGGUCCACGAGACCAGGUUCGGACUUUUGCUGGAGAAAUUCCACGCCUGCGAAAUGCGCGACGAGUCCGGCGCCGUCACGGACAUCGACAUGGCCAAGUUCUUCGAGGCCUGUGAGCUCUAUCGUGACAUGCUGUCCAAGCUUGGCUCGGCGGCCGGGGUGGUGCUGGGCGACAUCACGACCAACCUCAAGAACUCCCGGGUGGUCUAUGAGGAAUCUCCGGAAGAGCGAAAGACGUUUUCUGGCUACCUGCCGAAGGCCCCCUCGGUUGCCAAGAUCACCUGGCUCUUGAGGGGUUGCGAGCUCUUCCUGACGAUGAUCAAGCUGAUGUUCACCCAGGAGGGUGGCAGCCCGGGCGUGGAGGCCUACAAGCAGACCCUGAUGCAGUACCACGGUUGGAUGCUGCAGAAGACGGUGAAGCUUGGCAUGCGCGCCAUGCCGGGGAAGGAUGGCGUCAUGAAGUCCGAGGGCCUGAUCCUAGGCGAGGUGUCGCCCGAGCAGAGGACGAAGCUCUGCGAGCGCGACGCGCCAGCAGCUUCCAUUGCGGGGCUGGAAGUGGUGCACUGGAUGUAUGAGAAAAUGAAGAAGGAGGGGAGGUGGGACGCCAAGAAGGCAUGA